AUGCCUCGCAAGGAUGUACGUCGGGAUGCGGUGGUGUCGGAUAAAUGUUUUCGUCUUUUGUACUUGAAGCAAGAGAUACAAACUGACAUGAAAGUUUUGAAACCUGUUAUUGAUGAAGUCAACGUGCUACGUUUAUGCCACUCGCUAGGCAUGACCCUUUCUAGCGAAGGUGAUCCAGAUUCCAUGCAUAAGUUCGAGUUCGGCCUUUUCAAUUCUGAUGAUUAUGAUACCGACUUUGCGCGUUUCAUUCGUGAAAAUGUGCUCGUUGGAAAUUCCUGCAAGGAGCAAAAGAAAGAGCAAGAAGACAAUGAAAUACUUGAGAUCGGUUGCUUAUUUGGCAAGCAAUUGGAGGUAAAGAAUGAGCUUACUCGAAUGGAAUUCUGGGAUAGCGGAUGCGAAGAAGGACUAUCUCUUAAAGACCAGGGCGUCUUUUGCAUGAAGGGUAGCGCAGAUCGUCGCCAGGUUGUCGUUUUCGCGUGGCUGGGCCCUAGCUUAUUUGGACCAAAUGCCUUUCGAGAUACUCCAGCGUACGUGCUUCGGUUCUUACUUACUCUGAGCUUCAACAUCACGUGCUGUUUAUCACAGGAAGAUCUUCGAUGCAUUAAAAGUGAGGUGGAUGCUAUGUCUGCUAGUUCGUCCAUGCGGUGGAAUUCGUGCUCAGUUGCUUUUCGAGUUCAAAAGCAAGUGAAGCAGGAAGACAGUAUUACUUAUGAUGUAGUCACGAAGAUGUCGAUCCCAAAGUUUAGUCGCAUCAAAUCUGUUUGGUUUGUAGAUGGAGUCAUUCCGUCCGUAGCUGUCGAAAAUUGGGCCCCAUCAGCAACCGAGUGGAUUACGCAGCACGACGUGGUGUCUUGUGGCAGCUUCGCGCAGUGGCUGUGGGAGAAACAUGAGGAAUACCUUAUUGAGCUCAAACCUAUUCAGCUUCAUUCGACGAACGCAUAUGACAACGUGCUUCGAAGGUUUGAUAAAUUUCCAGACGAAGAGAUGUGCGCUUUACGAGGCAAAUACAGGGACGAACGCGCGAUAGCCGAGCAAAAACUUUGUCUUGAAGCUUUUGAGUACGCGAGCACAAUCUUUGACGAUGCAGUUCGGAACGCCGACGUGUUGUUUGCUGUUAGAUGCUUUGCAAACACAUCAGAAAUGGAUUUGGUCCAAAGAAGAUACGCGAGCUUUCUCCAGCGAUGUGAAAGGUUUGGAGAAUGCGGGAGAUAUCAGACGUACAAGAUGCUCUAUCUGCCUGAAAGUAUUCAAAUGAACAUGGAGUUAUUGUACGCCACUUACCGGCGUCACCCAUCAGCGUUUGAGAAGCUGCUGAACAUAAUUGUGGCUGGAGACCAGAUUGACGCAGAUGAUAGAAACAAUAAUUGGUUACUGGAAAUAAUGCACGAUGUAGCGCAUGGAGUUAUCGGAUGGCUGUUCAUCAAAUCGUGUCCGAAAUGCAAGAUGCAGAAUAUAAUCGAAACGUGCAACAAUUUGCUAAGGACCAUAAAAUUGCGUUUGAUCUGGAUGAAAAAGAAACUAAGAAAUGUGCUUUUGGCCGGCUUCGUAAAUACCUGA